AUGAUACGGGCCUACAGAAAGUACAGAGACUCCGAUGGAAAAGACACCCCCGAUGAGCUGAUGGAGUUACUUUUUGCUGUCAACAGCAUUCCCAUUGCAAGUGCUGAAUGUGAGCGCAGAUUUUCUCAAAUGAACCUGAUUUGCACUCCCAAGCAUGCCUCUUUGCUCACAUCCACCAUAUCAACUUUACUCUUCCUAAAUCUUGUUGGACCCCCUCUGGCCAAAUUCAAUCCAGUCCCGUAUGUGGGGUCGUGGGUGGCCAAAGGACACAGAACUGCCACAGACACACGCAGUAAAACCCGAAAAAAAGAGGAGGAGGAGAAUCCAGACAUGCUCCCACAGCUCACUGUGUCUGAGUGUACGAGUUUAGGCUGCGAUGGUUACCUGGGAUCGGGAAAGGUGAUGGACAUAUGUGGAGUGUGUGGAGGGGACAACACAACCUGUCAGCUGGUCUCUGGACUCUUCCAACACAGUUUGUCUAAGAUCGGCUAUCACAAGAUCGUGGAGAUCCCUGAAGGAGCCACCAAGAUCAACGUCACAGAGAUGUUGAAGAGCCGGAACUACCUAGCUCUCCGAAGCCGAUCGGGGCGAUCCAUCAUCAAUGGAAACUGGGCUAUUGACCGACCAGGGAAGUACGAAGGAGGGGGGACCAUGUUCACCUACCGGCGUCCUAAUGAAAUCAGCAGCACAGCUGGGGAGUCCUUCCUCGCUGAAGGGCCCACCAAUGAGAUCUUGGAUGUUUAUAUGAUCUUCCAGCAGCCGAACCCUGGUGUUCAUUACGAGUACAUUCUCCCCUCUGAGAAUGCAGUGGGGCCUCAGCAACCAAACCACAGAACAGAAGGGAACACCGUGACAGAGCCAGGGUCACAUGACCACCACAGCAACACUCACCAGGAAAACUUUGACACAGCAGGUGGAGAGAGGACUCCUCCUCCUCCUCCUCCUCCUCUCCCCGACAACCAGGUGCCUGCUGUUCAGCCACCAACUCGCCAGAGGGACUACAACUGGAAACUGGCCGGUGUCACGGAGUGCAGCGCCUCCUGUGGUAAAGGAUUCAGAUACUCCGUCUUUCAGUGUGUCCACCGACUGAACCAUGUCCAGGUGUCGGAUGCUUUGUGCGACAGCAGCAGCCGGCCGUCUCCGCAGGAAGAGGCUUGCAACCUGCAGCCCUGUCCAGCAUUCUGGGACAUUGGAGAGUGGUCAGAAUGCAGCAAGACCUGUGGCCUGGGCAUGCAACAUCGACAGGUUCUGUGUCGCCAGGUGUACGCAAACCGUACCCUCAACGUCCACACAAGCCACUGCCGACACCUGGAGCAGCCAGAAACUGCCAGCACCUGCCAGCUGAAGAUCUGCAGCGAGUGGCAGAUCCGCACCGACUGGACUUCUUGCUCUGUGCCAUGUGGGCUGGGUCAAAGGUCAAGGGAGGUACGCUGUGUCAGCAACGUGGGUGACUUUGUGCCAGAUGAGGAAUGCAACAUGAAUCUGCGGCCCGUCGACGUAGAGAACUGUGACAUGGGAGCCUGCGCCAAGAGCUGGUUUUACACUGAAUGGGGCAACACGUGCUCUGCUGAAUGUGGGAUGGGUGUUCGGACGAGGGGAGUCCUCUGCCUGACCAACCACGUCGGCAGCCUUCCUCUAGAGGGUUGUGGCAACGAGCGGCCCCCUGAUUCUCAGGUCUGCAACAACGGCCCCUGUGAGAAUCGCAUCGAGUGGUUCACUGGCCCCUGGAGCCAGUGCUCUGCAGAGUGUGGUGCAGGCAGCCAGCAGAGGUCAGUGGUGUGUCUGAUGAGGUCAGAUGAAGGGUUCGCCAUCAUGCCCCUGUAUGAGUGUUCCUCCCUGGAGCGACCCCUCAGCCAGCAGAGCUGCAACCUGAAAGCCUGUGGAGCAAAGUGGUACCACACUGACUGGAGUGCUUGUUCAAAAACAUGUGAGGGAGGUUUCCGUGUGCGGGAGGUGCGCUGCCUGUCAGACGACAUGCAGUCCAGCGAGGGCUGUGACGAGCUGCUGCGACCAGCAGAGAAGGAGGACUGCAACCCAGAGCCCUGUAUACCCUACAUAGAUGACAACUGCAAGGACAAGUACUUCAACUGCAACGUGGUGGUCCAGGCUCGCCUCUGCGUGUACGAUUACUACAAGAUGACGUGCUGCGCUUCGUGCUCGCUAGAGGCCCACAAACAGUCAAUGAAUCGGGGCCGCAGUUAGCACUUUAUUUUUUUCUACAAGUGUACCUCAGCACCAUGUCGGACCAGACUUGGUACCUGCUGUAGAGGCACUCUGGUCCUGUGUCAGCCAGGGAAGUGGACUGGCUGGAUAUUGCCUAAAAUGGACAUGUGUUUUGUUUGCCAAGGAUGGAAACUAAAAGGAGCAUUUCUGCUCGGCUCGGUUGGAGACAGCGUUCGGAGGAAAGGCAUAUCUCAGAGCAGUAAAGGACGGACACCCCGUAGUCCGCAGAUAAAACGAGACCUGGUGAGGGUGGGAAAGAAACCUAGAAAAAUGGAUUUUUGGAUUUUAAUGGCAUCUUUUCAGAAUUGUCUGUUGUUUCAUGGGGAGCAGUUUGCAGCCAGCUUUACUGAAAAGGCUCUUGAAGUGGAUUACCAAUGAAGAGGAGAGCAUCUGUCGAAAGACGAACACGGACUACAUGUUGCCUCUGAAUGCGCUCUUUACAAUUCUCAGCUUUAUGACUCGACGUCAUUUGAAAGUUGGUCCGGUCUCACCCAUUAUCAACUAUUUAACGCCCACUUUGUUGACCAAAGAUAUGAAAUCUCCUACUGUGCCUCAAACCCUCCACGGUGCUGAUGGUGUGUCCUUUACACGGAGUGGAUUCUCAAGACAAAAAACAGACAUUUGAAUCCUUGUUUGCAGGUUGUGUAAGCAAUCAGAGAGAGACCUCAUCUGGAUGCAGCCUUUGUAAUAUGUUUGUAUAUAUGUAUGUAUUUAAGGCAAAUUAAAUGAUAAAGGCCUUUAAUAGAGUUCUCAGUCAUGUCAGCAGUUGAAAAGGAAAAAGAACCCUCUUUAUUUAUGUGUGUGGCACCCUGGGGAAGACACUGUGGCCCCUUCUUGGUGGCAGGGAUAAAAACCUUUGUUGCAUUUCUCCACCAAUCACAGCCUCUGAACAGAAUGUAGGCAUUCCACUGCCUGUGUGAUUGUACAAGCAGAUGGUCAGAAAUCUCAAUCUGUUUUAUAUUUUUUUUACAGCUGCAGCAGUGAACACAAACCACAUAUAUCCUUUGUUCUGUGGGAUACGAUCAUUCCACCGUAACCGUAAUCAUAAUAUAGAAUUAUGCAUUAAACACGAAUAAUAUGUGUAAAGAUAAUACAUCAGGGCAGUAGUUACUUCUGAUGACCUUAUGUAGUUGUAAUAUAUAUAUAUACAGUGUAUGUGAGAUUUACAUGAUUAGUAAACCCCUGUGUCUAACAACUAAAAAAGACUACGCACAGUAUCUCUCACACGUCCGGCCUUUUGUUGUAUUGAAGCUGUUUUAAGUUCCCUCCAAACUUUAUUGACUUACCUCUGAUCCAUAAGUACUGUAUACUGUAUGUAUCAAUGUUCUAGCUCAGACUGACUCAGGCAAACAUUUGAAGUCAGUCUCUGAGGGAUGCUGUCAUCAUGAUGACAUGGCAAGGAGCACAGUGGUUCAGUAUUCAACACUUGACUGGAGUGAACGAAACACCCUGAAGCCUUUAUUUUAAAUUGUAUGUGUCCAGCGGUCGAAUCUUGUGUUUUGUUCUGGAGAUUUCACGAUAUAAAUAAAUGUACUAAUUAUUUGUACACGUUACAGCGGCAUUCCAUCUUGUUAUUUUGAACAGAUUCGGUUUGACAUCACAUUGGGUGACGAUUUACAGGUCGCAUUUGUAACAAGAUGUAAAGAUAAAAUGUGUUUUUUGUGGAAAAA